AUGUUUUAUUUUGGAACAGAUGACCAUUGUGAGUGCCUAGAAUACUGGGAUUGCAUAUUCAAAGGUGGUCAACCGUUUGCUUACUGUGACUACACCCAAAAAGUGUUGUGCUGCUUUGCUAAAAGUAACAACGAGGUAGCUGGAAUACUACCGAAGAACAGCAAACUCACAUCUUGUGGCAGGAAAGGGGCGGACAGUGGAAAAGACGGACACUCUGAACCAGGGGAAUGGGCCUGGCAUGUUGCAAUAUUGGAGAAACCUUUGGAUUUGUAUGUCUGUGGUGGAUCCUUAGUGGACGAAUACUGGAUCCUAACUGCUGCUCACUGUGUCGAUGAUUACUCAUCAGCGAAGUUUUUGAAAAUUCGUGUGGGAGAGCAUGAUGUUUCAUCUACUGUAGAGCAACACCCCUAUGAUGAGUAUGACGCUUCCAGGAUUGUCCUCCAUCCCAGUUUCAACAAUGAGACCCUGGAGAAUGACAUUGCCCUGGUGAGGGUGUCUUUGGCUGUUCGAAAGAAACCACACAUCAACAUCAUCUGCCUGCCACAAACAAAAACUGAAGAGAAUGAACUACUCUCUUCCUCCUGUUAUAUAACAGGAUGGGGAAGAAGGACGGAAACCUAA